AAAAACACUAAUUCAAAUUCCGAAAGAUUGGAUUAAUUUUAUCACUAAUUUAAAAAUAUUUUAAUUUCAAAUCCAAUUUAAGAUGCUAACUAAUUAACUAAAUAUGUCAAUGAUGAUAGGCGUUUUUACUUAGCAGCCACAGGCGAAGAAAACCCCCCAACAUUUUCGCGCGAUUGGUUCAAGGUCGAGAAUUUAGAUUGCUUUUGUUGUUGUUGGCGGAGGGAGACGAACGAUAGAAGAUACUGACAAUACAAAACCCGCGACGACGACAGCAACAAGAACUUGAGAGAAAUAAAUAAAUAAAUAAAACACUUUAUUGGUGUUGUUGUUGUAGCCGCUUUGUUUCCAAAAACAGAGAUUCUAAAUUUUCAAAAAAGGCUAACAAAAUUUCUAUCUCAGUAGUACUCUGCCGUCGUAACGAUACAAUGAAGAGGAAAAAGCGAGAUAACAGCAGUAAUCCUAUGACCAUGGCUCUUUGUCACUUGAUUUUCCUCCUCCGUCGCCGGCGUCAGCUGUUUCCUUUCAUCUCCGCCGUCUCCGGUUGCGUCCUUCUCGUCUUCGUCGCCGUCUCUCUUCUCUCUUCAGCUCCUCCUGUCUCCACGCACCUCAAACACCUUCAACGCUCUCAUUUCAACAUCGUAGUGUCCGACUCGUAUAUCAAUUCAGGUGGAGAUACGGUGUUUCAUGUUCCGUCCAACGGGGGAAGCUUGGUUGGAGAUUUGUGGGAGUCAAGGGAAGCGAAAUUCUACUUCGGCUGCAGUGCUCCAAGCGAAAAGUUUCAACCUGCUGAAGUGAAGACACAACCUAAUCGAUACUUGAUGAUUGCUACCAGUGGAGGAUUAAACCAACAGAGGACAGGGAUUACAGAUGCAGUGGUUGCGGCUUAUAUUUUAAAUGCGACUCUUGUCGUUCCAAAGCUGGAUCAAAAAUCUUACUGGAAGGAUUCCAGCGAUUUUGGGGACAUUUUUGAUGUUGAUUGGUUCAUUUCAUUUCUCUCAAGAGAUGUUAAAAUAAUCAAACAACUUCCUAAAAUGAGAGGGAAAGUUUUGACUCCACACAACAUGCGUGUUCCAAGGAAGUGCUCUCCAAAAUUCUAUGAGAGUCAUGUUUUACCUGUUCUUAACAAGAAGCAUGCUGUUCAACUCACCAAGUUCGAUUACAGGCUUUCAAAUUAUUUGGAUUCAGAUUUGCAAAAGCUAAGAUGUAGAGUUAACUACCAUGCCUUAAGAUUCAGUGCUUCAAUUUUUGAAAUGGGUAAAUUGUUGGUUGAGAGGAUGAGAAUGAAAAGCAAGCAUUUCUUGGCUCUGCACUUGAGGUUUGAAUCUGAUAUGCUUGCAUUCUCUGGAUGCUAUUAUGGUGGAGGAGACAAAGAAAGAAGGGAACUUGGGGCUAUACGGAAGCGGUGGAAAAGUUUACACGCAGGCAACCCUGAAAGGGAACGAAGGCAUGGAAAAUGCCCACUCACUCCAGAGGAAGUUGGUCUGAUGCUGAGAGCAUUGGGAUUUGGGAGUGAUGUUCACCUAUAUGUUGCGUCAGGAGAAGUAUAUGGAGGAAAAGAGACGUUAGCACCACUGAAAGCACUGUUUCCAAAUUUUCAUUCAAAAGAGACCUUAGCAAGCAAGGCAGAGUUGGGGAUGUUUUCAUCAUUUUCUUCUCGCAUGGCUGCACUGGACUUCAUUGUUUGUGAUGAAAGUGAUGUUUUCAUCACCAACAACAAUGGGAACAUGGCUAGAAUUCUAGCUGGAAGAAGGAGAUACUUUGGGCACAAACCAACCAUCCGUCCAAAUGCGAAAAAACUGAACCGGUUGUUCAUGGACCGAAACAACAUGACAUGGGAAGCAUUUGCCUCCAGGGUUCGAACUCAUCAGAUUGGUUUUAUGGGAGAACCAAAUGAGUGGAAGCCCGGCAGAGGAGAGUUUCAUGAAAAUCCAUCUUCCUGCAUAUGCGAGGAUUCGGAAUUCAAGGCAAGACAACUGCUGAUUCCCCUAAAUCAAACUCAACACAAUAAUGACAUGGCUAGUGAUGAUCACUCGGGGGAGAACUAGCAAGAUCGGUUUGAAAUGAACAAUGGGGAGGUUGGCCACCCACAUCACAGUAAAGAGUUGCAUACAAAAUCAUCUUCAGACAUUCUUCACUGACAACAGUUUCAUGCUACAGCUAACCCAAUCCGAGAAAUGAGUUUGGCCUCUUUAACAUUUGCUUCACUGGACAGAGUAGGUAUACACCUAACCAUUCUGCACAUAAAGAUAUUGACUAUGGAGCAGUUUUGUGUCCAGAUUUUGUACAUGGCGUCAACGAAUCGAACCUCCAGGAUUAACUGCUCCAUCGGGAUGAAAACUCACAGUAUGCUUAAAUUACAUUUAUAUAUCUUGUAAUUGAAAUCAUAGUCAUACCUUCUAUUAAUUUAUU